CCAUUUUUCUCUCCUUAUUUCUCAGGUCAUUCGCAUACCAGUGAUCCAUGUCUGUUGAGCUCUGCAGCCUUCAUUCAAUUGCAAUAUCUAAUUCAUUUUCAGUUGUUUACAAAUUUCUUCAUCCAAAUUUCUUCAGAGUUCGUAGCUUCUUUCUUCUCUUACAACUCAUUCUUUGCUAUGGAAUUUGCGGUAGCUGCUGCUGGCUCUCUCCUCUCUGGUUGGUUUCAGGGGCUUCUCGACAGGUUGAACUCCAUUGACUUGAUGAAAUACGUAGGCCAACGUCAAGUCUUGGAUCAACUCAUGAAGUGGGAAGAGAUGCUCCAGCGAAUUUAUGCGGUGCUUGAAGAUGCAGAGGAGAAGCAGACGACAAAUCGAUUGGGGGAGAUCUGGUUACGCGAUCUCAGAGACUUGGCUUACGACCUGGAGGAUAUCAUUGAUGAACUUGCCAUGGAGGUUCAGCAACGCAAGUUGGAAGACGAACCUGUUCAUCCGAAGAAUAAGGUCCACGAGUUUUUCUGUGGUAUGUGUGGUGGGGGGAAUCUAAAUCUAAAUACUAUUAAGUUCAAUCUUGAGAUGGUUGCCAAAAUAGAGGAAACUAGUGCAAGAUUAGAUGAGAUCAUAAAGCAGAAAGAUGAACUCCGUUUAGCAGAAUAUACUACGAGGAGGGUGAGCCAUGUGACAGAAAGACCGCCUGCAACCUCUUUGGUUAAUGAAGCAAAGGUUUAUGGUAGGGAGGAAGAUAAGAAGGCGAUGUUGAAAUUGUUGAAUGCUGAGACAAGUGAUGCCCAGGUAUCUGUGAUCUCCAUAGUUGGGAUGGGAGGCCUUGGCAAGACAACUCUAGCUCAGCUAGUCUACAAUGAUCCCAUGUUGGAGUUUGAUUUAAAAGCCUGGGUGUCUGUUGGUGAAGAUUUUGAUGUUUCCAGGGUCACAAAAACAUUUCUUCUUCAACUGGGCGAUGGUGGUGAUGAUAAAGAUUUAAAUGUGCUUCAGGUAAAAUUGAAGCAAAAGUUGUCUGGAAAUAAGUUUUUAGUUGUCCUAGAUGAUGUGUGGACCCUGAACUAUGAGGAAUGGACUCUGUUUUGGGGUCCUUUUGAAGCAGGGGCUCCUCAAAGCAGAGUUAUCGUCACGACUCGAAGUCAGGAUGUUUCAUUAAUGAUGGGUACGACUCAAGCAUAUGCUCUUAAGAAGCUGUCAUACAAUGAAUGCAUGUCUGUGUUGGCCCAGCAUGCUUUGGGAGCAAAUAAUUUUGACGCGCACUUGGAGCUGAAACAAAUGGGUAAGGAGAUUGUCAAAAGAUGUGGAGGAUUACCUUUGGCAGCAAAAGCUCUUGGAGGCAUCUUAAAGGGUAAAACAAAUCCUGAUUUGUGGAAGGAAGUGUUGAGCAGUGAGAUGUGGGAAUUACCAGACAAAGACAAUAGGAGCAAUAUCCUUCCAGCCUUGAAGUUGAGCUAUCUUCAUCUUCCACCUCAUUUAAAGCGAUGUUUCUCUUAUUGCGCAAUACUACCAAAGGAUCGCGAGUUUGAUAGGAAUGAAUUGGUUUUGCUGUGGAUGGCUCAGGGUUUCUUGUAUGACCAGAAGAAAAUGAAAGACAGUGAAGGUUUGGGUCAAAAUUAUUUUGAUGAUUUAUUAUCAAGAUCGUUUUUUCAACAAUCAAAUGAUAAUAAAUCAAUGUAUAUAAUGCAUGACCUAAUUAUUGAUUUAGCUCGCAAUGUUAGUGGGGAGACAUGUUUACAUAUGGUUGAUAAGUUUUUGGCAUAAACGCCAACUACCUCACAUUUCUUUUUCUUAUCAAUAAUUAAUUGUAGUACAAUUCCGUUUCAGCUA